GGAGGGAAGCUUUGGCUGUUGGGGUUGCUCCUGUGUGGCUGAGCCAGGGCCCUGGGGGCUUUUAUCUGGAUUUUUUUGGUGCCUCUUUAAGCUGUUUGUGAAGUUUAUCUCAAGUUUUUACUGUUUCUGCUGUGAAAAGCUGAAGAUGAAAGAUGAAAUUGCUGCCACGGUUUUCUUCAUCACCAAGCUGGUGAAGAGGGAGGACAGGCUGAGCAAGCACAAAAUGGAGAAGUUUGCAGCCAAGCUGACCACGCUGCUGUUUGAGAAGUACAAAGAUCACUGGUACCUGGACAACCCCUCCCGAGGCCAGGCCUUCAGGUGCAUCAGGAUCAACAGGCAGCGGGCUCGGGAGCCGCUGCUGGAGCAGGCGUGCGCGCAGAGCGACGUGGCCUUCGAGCUGCUGGGGCUGCCCGAGGAGAUGACGCUGUGGGUGGAUCCCUUCCAGGUGUGCUGCAGGUACGGCGAGAGGAGCCGGCCCUUCACCGUGGCACACUUUGGUGGGGAGGAGAACCCCGAGCUGCCCCAGCAGAUCAGCCUGGCCGUGGGCAGGGCAGCCCUGGGCUAUCACUCCAGCAGCUCCUCGGACGAGGAGAGCUUCAGCAGGGAGCCCAGAGCCAUCCCCACCGUCAGCAACCCCAACAGCAUCUACCAGUUUGGCGACUUCUGCCCGGCUCCCUGGUGGCAGUACCUGCACAGGAAGCCCCACCUGGCCGAGGGCUCCCACCCUGGCCAGCACAGGGGCUACAGGAGCUACAGACCCACGGCGGCCUUCGCUGGCCCUCGGGUGGACAGGUACCACUGGAUCAACACCAAGAGGUAGAGCCAGGGCUCCUCGGCGCCUUUGGAGCCCGGAUUUUGUGAGGGGGUGAAGGCUGGCACUGCAAAACCUCAUAAAAACCAGCACUUCCUGUCUGAUCCCCGGCUCUGACUCUGUAUUUGGGAAUAUUUUUGGGGGAUUUUUUUUGGUUUUUUUUCCGGGAUUUUAAAUGUUUUUAAUUGAUGUUAACACAAGAUUGAAGAUGUAAUGCGAGACUCUGCUUGUGAGUUAAAAAGGAAAUGCAUAAAUCAAUAAAUCUGCUGAUGUUUUUUUAUCAAAGCCAGCUGCUGGUGGUGCCUUGAAGGGUGUUCAGGAGCUUUUUUGGUGGAAACACCAGCUGGUGAAGGAGGACAAAAACACCCCCAAGCUGCUUUGAAAAACACUUUGCUUCCUCCUGGCAGAGGUGUCAGGAGCCAAGACCUAAAUAUCGCCAGCAGAAGUGUCUGCGGUAUUAAAUAACUCACAAAAAUAUUUAAAUUUUGCUGUCCCCCCAUGAGUUUUGUAUUGUUGGGGGGAAAAAAAAGACUUUUGAGUGACUUUGCUCUUCCCUCACUUGUUUUUUAUCUACACUGGAGGCUGAGCUGAUAUUGGGAGAUAUUGAAUAUUUCAUGUUUUGGGGUUUGGCUCUGGAAUUUGGGUUCCCCAGGUUGAAGAGUGGGAAUGGCCUGGACAGGGCAUUCCUGGGUGGCACCACAGAGCUGAGUAAGGCGACUUCAGAAGUUGCUUCAAUGGUGGAAAAUAUUAAUUUGUCGCACUUUAAGUAUAAUUAAACAGCUAUAAUUAACCCAAGUAACCAUA